UACCCACAGCAGCGCUGUUAGGCGGAGCACGCUGAAUACACUGUCAAAUCAGCUGUUUGCGAUAUUCGUUUUCAUGCCACUCAAAUUGAACUAUUAAAUCUAGUUGCAAACUUAUUCCAUGGACACGACGGAACAGGGGCCUAAGGAGGUCCCCCUGUCGCUGACCCCGGCGGUGCUCAGCUUGAGCAAUUGCCCGGGCACGACGCCCGGAACGCCCCUGAGCAAAAAUCAGCUAAAGAAGCAGCGCAAGCUGGCGGAGUUUGCUGAACUCCGGAAGCUGCGUCGCGAACGGGAGCGUGAGAAAAAAAAGCAGAAGCGCCGGGAGUCCAAGGAGCUGGGUCUGCCCCUCCGGACGGGCCCCUCCCGCAAGGAGCUCAAGAAACGCCAGGUGACAGACGUCGGAGAGUCCGUCCUCUCGGUUGCCAUUGAUCUGGACUACGACGAUUUGAUGCAUGAGCGGGACAUCGCCAAGUGCGUUAAGCAGUGCCUCCGCAUCUACACCAUCAAUCGGCGCAGCCCACAGCCGGGCAAACUGCACUUCACUGGCAUCCGGCGCAACGGUCACAUCCACGAGUCGUUCAAGAAGAACGACGGCUGGGAGAACUGGCACGUGCAGUACCAUUUUGAUCGCGGGCACGCCGAUGUCUUCGACCGCAGCCAACUGGUCUACCUCACCUGCGAGUCGGAUCGGGUGCUGGACAAGCUGCAGCCCGGCUGCACCUACGUCAUCGGGGGCCUGGUGGACCACAAUCACUUCAAGGGCCUGUGCCACUCAAGGGCCACGGAGGCGGGCUUAACCACCGCCCGUCUCCCUCUGAGCGAGCACGUGGACAUGAAAACCAGGGCCGUGCUCAGCACCUACCACGUCUUUGAGCUGCUGACCAAGGUGGCUGCCGGCCAGGACUGGACUGCGGCCAUACUGACCACGAUUCCCAUGCGCAAGGGAGCCAAGGCGAAAAUCACAGAGCAAAAGGAUGAGCCGUGUCAGGAUCUGGAGCAGAAGGACGAAAAACCGGAUGCUGAGUCAAAGAAGCCCACCGAAACCGCCAUCGAGUCUGAAAUCGAAUCCCACUCUUUGGACAGUUGACAACAGUCGACAUCGCAUUUCGAGGUCUUUUUGAUUUUUAUUUCAGUUUCUUUUGUUUUUACAAAAUCACAUUUAGUUUUGUUUCGCAAAAUAAAUUAUAACUUAAAAUACAUAGCGCAAAUAAUAUUAAGAAUACAAAAAAGUGUGUUACUGGAUUUAAUGUUUAAUUUAUGUUUUACAACGCACAAUGAUGGCCAGCGUCUUCUGAUUUUGUAUAUUGCUGAAAUGAUUUGUGCACGUUACGUUAUAUGGCGAAUGCGUUUCAAGAUAGCACCGAACCAAAA